AUGUCCUCGGCUGUUGUAGGAGAAACGCUAGACCUGGAACCCAGUUUGUUACUGGACUUGUGGAAGAGGAAACACAAAGAUUUCCAAAUGAAUAACCGAAAGGAAGAUAUGGAGAUUGCUUCCCACUACCGUCAUCUGCUGCGUGAGCUAAACGAGCAGAGGCAACACGGCAUCCUCUGUGAUGUUUGCAUUAUAGUGGAGGGGAAGAUAUUUAAGGCUCACAAAAACGUUCUGCUUGGGAGUAGUCGCUACUUCAAAACGCUGUACUGCCAGGUACAGAAAACCUCCGACCAGGCCACAGUCACCCACUUAGACAUUGUAACUGCACAAGGCUUUAAAGCAAUCAUUGACUUCAUGUAUUCUGCACACUUAGCACUGACCAGCAGAAACGUCAUUGAGGUGAUGUCAGCUGCUAGCUAUCUGCAAAUGACAGAUAUUGUACAAGCCUGUCACAAUUUCAUAAAAGCAGCUCUUGACAUAAGCAUAAAGUCUGAUGCCUCGGAUGACCUUGUUGAUUACGAACUUGGAGCCCCUUCCAGCAGUAGUACAGAUGCUUUGAUUUCCGCAGUCGUGGCUGGCAGGAGUAUAUCUCCCUGGUUAGCUCGGCGAACAAGUCCAGCAAACUCUUCUGGAGAUUCGGCUAUUGCCAGCUGCCACGAAGGAGGGAGUAGUUAUGGAAAAGAGGAUCAAGAACCAAAAACAGACAGCCACGAAGACAUUUCAUCCCAGUCUCUUUGGUCUAGUGACAUGGGCUAUGGGUCUUUACGUAUCAAAGAGGAACAGGUUUCACCAUCACAUUAUGGAGGGAGUGAACUACAUUCUGCCAAGGAUAGUGCAAUACAGAACGCGUUCUCAGAACAAGGAGUAGGGGAUGGCUGGCAACCCACUGGGCGCAGGAAGAACAGAAAAAAUAAAGAAACUGUGCGGCAUAUUACACAGCAAGUAGAGGAUGACAGCAGGGCAAGCUCUCCAAUGCCGUCUUUUUUACCUGCCUCAGGAUGGCCGUACAGCAGUCGAGACCCAAGUGCCGACGUGAGCGUAACGGAGCCCAGCAGCUCUGACAGCAGAGCGGACCGAGCGGACCCCUACGGGAGCGUCGAUGAAGCCCUCCUCGGGGGGGAGGCCAGCUACAUCUCCCAGCCCCUGACUCCGGAGAAGGAGGACGCGCUCCAGGCUGCCACCGUCGCCAACCUGCGCGCGGCUCUCAUGAGUAAGAACAGUUUGCUGUCUCUGAAAGCCGACAUGCUGGGAGAGGAUAGUUCUCUGCUGUUUGAGUACUUACCCAAAGGCACGCAUUCUCUCUCUCUUGACUGUCCAUCUGUCAGAGAAUACUAUAUUCAUAUACAUACUGCUAAACCAGUGCAUCGUCUUCCAUUUGUCAUUGAAUAUCGGUGCCGUUUCUGGAAUAUUGUUUACCAUUUGGCUGUCACUCCGGCAGGCGUCUUUCAGAACCGCGGCGUUUCUGCCGCGCUGCGCUGCUUCCUCCCGACGGACUCUCGGGCGGCCGUGCCCCACGAUAGAACUCCACCGCAUACGUCGCGCGCCGUGGGGCCUGGCACCAACUUGAACCGUUCAAGGGGCGAAUGUGAUGGCAAAGUGGAAGCACCAUCUCCCCCGCUGCCUUCAUCACACCUUGCCACUCAGAGCCCCCCCGAGGUCUGCUCUUCUGGUGGAAUGUCACCAGAAGCCGUGAUAAAAGGAGAGGUGCCUUUCUCAGCCCAG